AUUAAAAUUCCCAAGUCAUAUGCAAAUACCAUCUGCAUUAAACUUCGACGCCGAACAACUUUCUUCGAUAAUUCAACAUCAACAACCACCCAGACACAUUGGCACUAUCUAGUACAAAAUGGACGCCGAAGAAAGACAACAAUAUGAAGAGACAUCUAAGCAAUUGCGCGCUGAGCUUAAGCGCUUCGAAUCCGACUGGGCACGUCACAAUGACGGUAGAAAACCACGUCGCGAGAACAUUAAAGAAAACCCAGAGAUAGCUGGCAAAUACAAAGAAUACAAUCGGAUUCGAGACAUCCUUGCUGGAAAGCUACCUCCCAAGUCCAAAGACUCCUCGCGCGAUCAUGAUCGGAAGCGCCAGCUGGAGGAAAUCCAAGUGCAGACACCUUCUAAACGCCCCAGGCAAGCCGAGACCCCUAUACACUUACGAGAGCGAAUUAUUCCCCCGGAGAUGUUCGAGACGCCCUCUUCACGCAAACUCUUCAGCCCUCCCAUGCCUACUUCAAUUGGACCCACACCACACAGGGAUGGGCGGGUCCUAGGCCUUUUCGAUUUAUUAUCAGAGAACGAUGAGAACUCGCCUUUGAAGUCGAGACAUACCGAGUCUACGAAAGACAGCAACAUCCAGGCAACCCCUAGCAAGAGGAGCACCGAGGAAGUGGGUGACGGCGAAGACGUAAAACUGGGUAGGACCCCAACAUCUACAACCAAGCGUGGGAAUCUUUUCAUGACACCUUCUAAACGGCGAGAUGGAAAUGCUGCUCUAGGCAGAACUCCAACUUCAGCCAGCAAAUCGCACCUAUCCACACCGUCUUUCCUAAGGAGAGCCCCCCUGGCAACCGUAGAUGAGAACGGGGAUUACAUAUCACCUGCCCCUUUGCGACUGCCACGUAAGCCUCUGGGUCGAAGUUUGAGCAGCGUAGUAGCUAGUUUACGGAAGCUAGAGGAGGAGGCCCUGGACGAUGAUCUUGAAGCCUUGCACGAGAUGGAGGACGAAUCAAACCCUUCAAAACCUGCUGGCCCCGUAAAACCAAAGGAAGAUAUCCUUGAACCAGACAGCCAAGCACAACAACUUCUCGGUGGGUUCGACGACGAGGCUUUCUACGAUAGCGAACCGCAAGACGAAUUGGGCCGUAACGGUCAACCGUUGAGGGUGUACAAGAAGAAGGGUCAAAAACGUACUACACGUCGGGCGAACUUGAAGCCGACUCGGAGCAAACGGCCCCAGGAUGCUACGGAGCAACAGUCGGAACUGGACAUUGAAGGCGAUAGCGUCCCCGAGACGCAGCUCGGCGUUACGAAGGGUGAUAAUGUUUCACAGCUAGAUCUGCUGUCCGGUUCUGACUUAGAGCUUCCCGAAGAGAAGAACCAGAGCAAGAAAGCGAAGAAGGCAGAUAGGACAGAAGGCAAGGCUCACAAAGCGGCAAGGAAAGUCAAUGAAUUGGCCCAUGCCAACUUCAAGAGGCUGAAGUUGAGGAAUAACGGAUCAAAAGGCUCGGGAGCUAAGGGUAGAUUUCGGCGAAGAGGUUAAAAGCCGUAACAUUGUGCCUUAAUAGCCUAUAGUGAUAAACAAUGGUCAUUAUUUUGAUCUACAUGAUAUCGUAAUGCAGUUACCAAUCGG